AUGGAAGGUCUCAUCCCUAUAAUUUUCAGGACAAUCAAGAGAACCAAGACUCGCCGGAGCUACGAGUGUCUCUCCUCCGGCACGGCUCAGAGCUACAACAUCGCCGACUUCUACGACACGGGCACUCAUGGCCACAUGUACGUGGCCCCUCCACCGGAGAAGAUGGCGAGCUUCCAUGCAGAAGGUAAUGGUGGUACUCACCGGAGACACAAGUCCCUCGGCGAUGGGCUCUCGCCGGAGCAUAUGGUCAAGUCCAAGCAAAUGGUGCGGUUUAGGAGCCACAGAAUGUUCUCGUGUGUCACUGGUGCCUAA